GUGCAUAUGUAUCGAUAGAUAAUAUGGUUAAGUGUAGAUAGAAUGAGUUCAUUAUAUAUGGCAUUUGAUUGAAAAUAUGAUUGGUUAGUUAACUGUCACUGUUAACAAUUGGGAUAACUUUAUACAUAUAUAGGUGAGCAUGUCUGUAAACACUGAACAAUGAGUAUAUAUCAUAAAAUAUAAGUAAUCAGGUAAAUUAUAAAACUGGAGCUUCUAGAAAAUUUCACUUGACCUAAUUCUUUCAAAAAUAAGCUCAAAAUUAAAAAUUUUUUUUAUUUACCUUGAUAUCUUCAUUCUUUUAUUCAAAUUAUCCCAAACAAAUUUAGUUGUCAAGGCUUAUUUUAUCAAUGAAGUUCAUUCAUUGAAUCCAUUCAACAGUCACUUAGUUACAACUACAUCAGUUGUAUACUGGAAUUAUAUAUACAUAUAUGGUUUUGAUUAACAUUAUGAAUUAUGGUGUAUAUUUUACAAGGAAUAUUGAAUUUUCCAAAUAAUCAAAAAUCACAAACUUUAUGUUCAUUUCAAAUUCCUAAUGGAAAUACAAAUAUACCAUCUUGGUCAACGCAUACAUUAGGUAUACAACAACCUAAUUUAAAUAAUAAUCCAUGUAUUUUAAAUUUUUUAAAUGGAUUAACUACAUCUAAUACAAUUAAUGAUUCAAUUGAUCCAUUAAUAUUACAUGAACAAUGGUCUAGAAAUACAAAUCUUGAAUUAAUUCAAGGAACAAUGUCACCAGUAUGGAAUGGUGAUUAUCGUUCUAGUGGAAAUACAUUUCCAAUUUUAUUAGAAAUGCCUACAAGUAUAAAAGGUGAAAAUCGUUCAUCUGAAUCUGAUCAAUCUCAACAAUCCAACUGCUCAAAAACUAAUCAUGGUACUACUGAUAAUGUUACAAGUACAACUCGGAGUUUAAGUGAAGAUGAUUCAUUUCAUAUAUUUGUUGGUGAUCUAGCUCCAGAGGUGCAGGAUGAAACUUUGUUGGCAGCAUUUUCUAAUUUUGGAACAAUUACAGAAUGCAAAAUAAUCAAGGAUAUGCAUACACAGAAGCCAAAAGGAUAUGGAUUUGUGGCUUAUGCAACAAGACAAGAAGCUGAACGUGCUAUCCGUAUCAUGAACGGUCAAAUUAUUGGCACAAGAGCUAUAAGAACGAAUUGGGCAGUACGAAAAGACCCAGCAGAUCAAGCUAAAGAUCAUCGUCCAUUAAAUUAUUUGGAAGUAUUUAAUGCAUCAUCUUCUACAAAUACAACAAUUUAUGUUGGUGGUAUAACGAAUGAAUUGACUGAAAAGCUUCUUCAAGAUUCAUUUAAACAAUUUGGUGAAAUCAAAGAAAUUAGAAUAUUUAAAGAUAAAGGUUUUUCAUUUAUUAGAUUCGAUUCACACGUGGCCGCUACUCAAGCAAUUGUAACAAUGCAUGGUAAAAUUGUCGGUGAUCAAGCCUGUAAAUGUUCAUGGGGUAAAGAACCAACCUUUACUAACAAACAAGGAUUAGCAAAGCGUCUAUCAUCUGCUAUGUUUGUUCCGACUCUAAAUCAUAAUAUGAAUGAUGAUCGAAAUGGAAUCCUGUUGAAACCUCAAGGCUCUUGGCUUACAUCUCCAUCAAGACAAAAUAAUUUGAUAUUAGACUUACCAGCGAAGAAAUAUAUGUCGGAAGAAUUACAUCCAGUUAGUAUAAGUUGUAUAACACCAACAGAUAAAACUCAAGUAAUAAAUAAUGGACAACAUUUAUCAAUGAGGAAUGUUUUGCAAGAUGCUAACAAGUUGAACGGUUCCGUUGUCACUCCGACAGUAAACAAUCCCUUAUGGCCUUAUACAUGCUGGUUUGCUGGAACUCCUAAUCAAGAUACUCCAAUACCUGCAUUACUACUUGAUAAUGUGACAAGAGGAACGCUGACGAAUCAAACUGUAAUCCCUUUUGUACCACCAACAGAUAACAAUCCACUCCUUUUAAGUUUAUCGGCAAUAGAAUUGGCUAAAAAUUACCAAUCAGAGAAACCUGAGAUUAACAUCAUUCCUAACAUAACAAAUGCUCAAUUCUCUGAUAGUCAAACUACUUUUCCAAAUAUUGGUGAUAUUCAAAAUGCAUUAAUAAAUCAUAAAACUCCUGUAUAUCAAAGUGUUCAUAACAAUAAUAAUAAUAAUAAUAACGUUACUUCACCAUGUGAUAUACAACAACACAUUUUGAAUUUGAAAAAUAUGACCAUUCCAAAUUUGAAUCUGACUAAUUAUUCAGCAUUAUCUAAUAUUCCAUUGAUUGCAUUUUCAGCAUAUCCAUUUAAUUCUACAAAUAUUUCACCAUUUAAUCAUACAACAACUGUUACUGUAGCUGGUACUAUUGUUAAUACAACAACAAAUAAUAAUGAAAUUGAUAAAAAUUCAAUUCAUCAAUCUGCUCAAUUAUCAAAUUUUGGACAGUAUACUGUAUAUAAUACAACAACAGGUUAAAUCAAUCAAUCAAUCUUCAUCAUCAUCAUCAUCAUCAUGAUCUUCGUCAUCAUCAAUAUCAUCAUUAUCAUUAUCCUCAUCAACGACAUUAUCAAUACUAUGAUGAAAGUUACAUAUGAACAAUUUUCAAACCAAAUGAUAGUUUAGUUAAUACUUUUUUCAAUCUCUUAUCUCUAUAAAUUAUGAUUAUUAUUAUUUUUUAUUUCUAAUCAAUUUAAUGUAAACUUACAUUAACAGAGUAAACAAAUCAGUAGAAAGAAGAAAAAAAAGAAACAUAAUCACAUGAUAAACUAUCCUCUCCCCCUCUUUUUUUAAAAAAAAAAAACAAAACAAAAAACGAUUCACUUAAUAUUGAAUUUAUUAACCAACUAGUAACAAUUUCAAUCUUAUUUCUUUUCAUAUCAAAAAUCAAUAUUAUUUUUUUCUUUUGUGAUUGUGUUUAUUUAGUUGUUUUUUCAAAAAAAUUUUUUUAAUGAAAAGGAAAGUUACUGAUUAUCAUGACUAAAGUAAAUUGAAUGAUUCUCUUUUUGGUGUGUUUGUACACAUUUACAUUAUUAUAUAUAGAAUGCCAAUUUAUAUUGCAUAAUCUCAAAAACUAUUCAUAUAUACAUAUAUGAUAGAAAAAAAACAAGCGUUUUUUUUUGGUUUUCUUUUCCCUUUUACUAACCAGAUUAAUCAAUAUUGAUUUCAAAUAUUCUUUCGAUAAUUAAUUAUCUUUCUAAAGGAACUUGAUAAAAAGUCUUAAACAGCGAAUAUUAAUUGGUUAUUCUGUUGUUGUUUUUUGUUUGUUUGUUGAAACUCUUCAAUAAAUACAUUUUGUUUGCUUU